GAUCUCGCUACGUUCGCUCUUCUCUCCACCUUUCUCCCAGCUUCUUCACAUAGUGACGGUGAAUGAUUUCACUUAUAUUCUGAAGAACAACUUUUUCUUCUUGGAUUUCCAAUCAAAACAUGAUGCAGAAACCAUAAAGGAUGUGAUUUGUGUACAAUGCACUAUAAAUAAACCUAUGUGUAAGAAAGUGAAGGUCACCAUGCCACCUCGUAAACAAGUGCACGCCCUGCAAGCCUUUGCGAAGGAUAAAGUACUGUACAAUGUGUGUGCUAUCAUCCUCGACGAGAUUUACUUCGGUCAGGAUGAACACUGGGAUGUAUACGGUCCUCCUACACUGUCUGUGCGUCUACGACUAGUGAGGGAUAUUCUCAGUAACUCCCUUACGCCGGGGAUACUUGAGGAUUUACUUAAUACAAUUCUCUCCCGUGACGAGGCCGUAGAAGCCAUUGUCAGAUACCUUGCUAUACAGCUUCUACUUGUAGAAGGUGUGAGGAAUUUAACCAUUGGAAAUUUUCCUGAGUCUUAUUUUGAAAUGGUGCUGGAAGCAACGGCUAAAAGUGGUGCGGGAAUCCAGCGACUUGAUCUACGAGGAAUAUGGGUACGAGAAGAACAUAAAUAUGCAGUUAUUAAGACACUGCGCAAACUCUCUUGUAUCAGACGACUAACUCUACGCUACGGCUGUGAUGACGACAUAUUGGCCACCCUGGGGAAGUACUGUGAGGGCCUGCAAAAACUUGACAUAUCUGGGUCUCGGGCCAUCACCGAGGCGGGCUUAAAGAACUUGUGUGACAAUCCGUCCCGCAUCGUCUGGGACCGACUUACAGAAUCACUACAGAUUGUAGACCUUGGCGGGCCCGGGGCCCAGGACCUUCCUCCCGCUUUACCGUGCUACCUGUUGCUCACCUUACCACGCCUUGUGAGUCUCGGAUCAUAUGAACACACAGGUGCAGCAGUUGAGCUUGCUGUCACUACUUACCCAGGUAAACAAUUUGGUCUACGGUAUAUACAUGAUGUUGUUACCUCUAGCAGUCGAUUUCAUACAAUAGUCAAGGCCUGCCCCAAAUUACAAGCGAUAUACCUAGAUAGCCCAAAAGACACUGCUGUUCAUUACUUGGAUAUGUUUAAAGACUUAAGAGAGAUUAAAUUACACAAAGUGAGAUGGACUGAUAUGGAAAUAAUGAUAAACAAGAUGGGGUCACGAAUACGUAGUUUGUUUUUAUUGACUGUUUUCGGUCAGGUUGACCUACUCGACCUUGGAAAGCUCUGCCCAAACCUUCAACGUCUUGAGAUGCACAAUGUCUCGUUGGUGUGUUCUGACGUGACACAUACCACUGCUUUCCACAAUAUCCGCGAGCUGCUUAUAUACACAAGUCAGAUAAGUACAUUGUGUGUAAAGCUGUUGAUGAACCAGUGCGUAGAUGUUGAGCACUUGUGCUUGGGCGAGUGUGGUCAUCUGUCAGAUGCCGCAAUUAUCACCAGCCUUAUGAACCAUUCCCUGCGAAAUGUUCGAGAGAUAUGGUUUGGUGUGGCGGACAAGCUCACCAUGCGCGCCAUAGAGGCACUGAUGGAGCACUGUCCUCAUCUCACCAGUCUGGGUAACCUGGCCGCCUGGAGUGUUCAUCCAGAUGACCUAGACCUACUGCGUGUUCAGUUCCUCCUUACCAACACUGACCUCACCCUUCACGAGUUCGGCCCACAACGAGAAGACGAAUGGAUACCUAUAAUGGAUGUCUAAUGUCACCUUUCCAAAUCAGUGAAUAAAUGUCAACCACUGUAUGUUUGUCGAAGUCUGAUGCGUAGAUCUACUCUUAUGAUGUGACAACACCUCUGUUGCUAUUGUAAGUCUGUGUAUUUUUAUUCAGAAGAGGUAAUGCUGACUAAUAAAAUAAGUACUGUGAACAGUAACUAUGAAACCUGACGUACAUACUGUACAGUGAACAAGACACUAUCAAGAUAUGAGUUACCUCCAAAUCUUGCUGCUGUAUGACCUGAACCAUAAAUGAUUGCUAAACCUUUUGUCUUAGAAGUCUAUCACUUUACUACAGUAUUUUUUUUUUUUUGUAAAUCCAACACCGAAGUAUAUUACCAGUACAGUACAGCAUUGUACAGUUCUUUUAUGUACUAGUCUUAACGAUAAUGUAAUGAUUUUGCAUACCAUAGUAAGGCAUUGGAGCCUUCUUUUUCGUGUAUCAUUUAUAACAUGACAAUCAAUGAGCUGAAAUAAGUUCCUUAUUCCAAUAUGAGUUGUUGUUGAGCUAACUUACUACAAUACUUUCAUUUUAAAGUAUGAUAAUAUGAUAAGUAAAUUAAUGUAUUUUUAUUACAACACUGAAAUAUGUUCAGAAUUGUAUAUUCAUUAGGUAUGUGUAUACAGGUAUUGACAGUAAAGUUAGGCUAGUUUGAGGAAUGUUUAUUUAUAUUAGGUUAGUUUAUUAACCAGCUAGGUUUGGAAUUAUGUUUUUAAAAACCUGUUAAAUGUAUAAUGUACUCCACGAACUGUAGUAACUGUGAAAGAGCUCAUGCUUCUUUUUUACCUAUGAAGCGACUAAAGUCCCCCGUACUAUAUUUAAUUUGAGAAAAUUAAGUUUGAUAACAGUAGGGACAGGCAAGUUUAGGUGGAUAUCGGGGUGUUUAAUAAAUAAAACUGUGACCCACAACUUUUCACAGCUCAGGUUUGAAGAAGCCACAAGUCCAGAAAACUGAAGGAAACUUGUUUUCGGAGUGAUAUUUGUGAACUCUUGGAACAACCUGCCAGAGAAUGCUGUGGCGGCACCGAGUGUGAGCUGUUUCAAGACCAGACUUGACCAACACUGGAACAGGUUCAGAUGUAUCCAGUAGACAGCGCAUGACCAGUACUUGGCAACAGUGCGUAACAGAGACGUGACCGACAGCCCAACCGGCUAAAGAGCCGAUCAGUGGCGAAGAGGUUAAAAGUAAGAAGUACACCCAUUACACAAUCAUCUACUGUAUACUAGGGAGGAUCUAGGGUGGUCCUGGGAGUCCGGAUCCCCCCUUUUCAUCAGAAAAUUCCAAUACUUUUUAAUGCAGUAUUGUACUCAGGCUUUUUUGUAUAGUAAAAGUAACUACUGUUGCCCUCAGAAUAUCUCCUAAUAUCAAGUGCACAGUGCAUCAAGAUUGACUCAAAGUGCCCAUGCCUAACUGGAGCCAGGUUCAGAUACAUUCAGGAGCCAGUGCAUGCCAACAGUGCGUAACAGGUACAUGAUCGAUCACCCAAACGGCUAACGAGCCAAUCAAUGGUAAAGAGGAUAAUGGUAAAAAAGAAAAAAAUUAAAUACUGGUCAGAUUUCAUUAAUUUUCGGGGGAAGGGGGGGGGGGCUCCCCCCUGGUGGAUGAGCUUACUGUGUUCGCCAUGUUCCCCACCCACAACUUCUUGGACCCCCCUCUUUUGUUUUUUUGAAAUUUCUGGAUCCGCCCCUGUUCACCCACUACAUUACAGUCUCUCCACUACCUACACUACAUUGACUACAUUAUCGUCUAUACUGCAUCCACUACACUAAGAUCCUGUAAUUGGACCACCGUCUGUUAUUAUUAUGGGACAUUCAAUGCUCUGUAUCAACAUUAAUUGAAAAUGUAAUUUGCAUUUCUGUCUUACUGUAGAUGUCAUUAUUAUUAGUAGUAGUGUUCAUGUGUUCAUCCCACCCCAGUAACUAAUUACAGGGCACAUUUGGUGGAUAUAGAUAUAAAGAGAAUGAUGUGCGAAAUUUUUAUUGUACAGUACCGUAUUAAGUUUAUUUUGUAUAAACGGAAAAAACCCCAGAAACCCACCUAUUAAGGGAAUUCAGACAAUAAUGUACUGUAUACUGUUAGACUUGCACAAGUUAGUUUGGUAUUGGGAGGUUUUUAAUUUCCGUGUGCCUGGCACUUUUUCGGUAGACAAGUUAAUUUUGGGGGAGGAAAAUACCCAGACAGGAAUUUGUCAGGUGAGUGUGUGUGUGUGUUUGAUCUGACGCCAUAUCACGACUUAAUGCUGAUCCCUGACUUUCCUGUUCCUACAAUGACCUGACUUGACCUGCUAAGAAAGUUCAGGAGCGUAUUAAAGCUGAUUCUCCCCCUUUCUAUAAGUAUAUUCCCUAAAUGACGUGACCUGAUUUUUUUAUAUAAAAGCUCCCACGGAUUGUUGUGUAAUGAGUAGAUACACAAAAAUACUGUAGAUUUGGAUGUUUUAAGAUUUUUUUUUACCCUUUCCCAUUAAAAAUAGGCAAGCAAAUUUUCUCCAAAAUUUGUCAGGGCAAGUACCAUAAAUUAAAAAAAGUAAAAGAAAAAAGGUGUGUGUUCGCAGUCUUCAGUUACAGUUUUGGAGAUAUAAAUCUGCAAUUUGGCAUGGAGAUGUGCUUACACCACAGAAGUUUCCAAAAAGGUAAAAUUUUUGGAGUGAACCCCAUUUCAAAAGGUGUAACCCCUUCAUGAAAAAUGAAUGGAUGUAGGACAAAAGCUUCUUAUGACAUACUAUUUUUGUUAAUCAAUACAGUAUUCUUAUUUUUUAUUAUUUAAAAGUUGAAAACUUCUCUGACUGUAAAAUGUUACAGUUAUUAUAUUAGACUGCAAUACCUUACCUAACCAGGAAUAUCAAAAGGGAAGAGGGUCCAAGAAGUUGUUGGUGGAGGAACAUGGCGAGCACUGAGGCCACCCAGCUGAUGGGGGGGGGGGGGUGCGCUGUAAGCACCCAAUAAUUAAUUUUUUUUAAUCUUGCCAAUAUUAUGGGCAUUUUGAGCCCAUAUUGAAGCCAUGUGCACUUGAUAUUAGGAAAUAUUCUGAGGUCAAUAGUAAUUACUGUUUACUAUACAAAUACACCUGAGUAUAAUACCUUCACCUGGAUCCGCCCCUGCUAACCUAACUUAAUUAAUUUAACCUAACCUAACAUAUUUUGCACUUCAACUGAGGGGCUUUUGUCCUACUUUGCACUUUAACUGAGAAAGUUUUAUUCGGUGGGCUUUUGUCCCCCAAUUAAGUGAUCGUGUAGUUGAUGUAGGGUAUAGUAAAGUGUAAUUGCUGUAGUGUAGUGUAUCAUAGAGAAUGUAGUAUAAUUAAUAUACUGUAGUGUAAAUGUUAGUGUAAUGGAUUUAGUGUAGCUGAUAGUUAACUUAGUGUAUAUAAUGUGUUAGCUGUAGUGUAAAUGGUAAUUACCCCUCAAAAACUUAUCCAGGUUCACCAGUGGUUGGCCCCCAGUCCCAAAGGUGGAACCCCCUCAUUAAAAACACAUCUAAAGAGGAGAGGCAGGGAAGUUUGUCCCUGUGGGGGACGACCCCCAACUUAAAAUUGAUGUACCCGGUACCUGUAAUGUAGAUAGUGGAGAGGACGUAAUGAAGUUUAUAGUACUGUACAUUGGAUGGUGUGCAGUGUGCAUAGUGUGGUUGAUGUAGUGUAGAUUGUGUAAAGGUGGUAAUGCAUAAUGUCAUCAGGGACAUAGACCAGGAGCUACCCCUUAAAAACAAACCCGGGCAAUGCUUGGUACCCAGCCAAUCUAUUUAUAAACUGGCUAGAGAUACACACGCAGCUCAAAAGUUUUACAGUAUUUUGUUUAGGUACAGGUAUUAAGGGGAUUGACCCCAGUGAUUAGCCCCCUCCCCCCAAACCUAAAGGUGGAAAAUCCUUAUUUAAAACAUAUCUAAAUUGCUGCGGUCUGAACCCCCCCCCCGCCCCCCCCCACCUAAAAGUGACCCUAACCCCCACUCAUGACCACAGUUUUUGACAGAAUGCAAAUUGGUAUUGAUUGUUAUUUUUUGCAUGUGCACUUAAUUUUGGCUUAGGAUAGUGAAGCAGAUAUAUAGUGGAGAUAAUAGUGGAGUGGAUGUAAAGUAGAUACUGUACAGUAGUACUGUUGUAGUGUAGUGGAUAUUAUAGAUGAUAUUAGAGAGGAUGUAGUGUAAUUAUUAAAGUCGUGUAUGUGAUAGGUUAGCUGAUGGAGUAGUCAAAGACAGACUAUGAUUUGCCCCUCAGAGACAAACUCAGGCAAUUAGUAUUUAAUAAAUGUUUUCACUUUUUUUAUGCAUUUCUGUCAACCACCAUAGUUAAAUUUUGCUGUUAUGGAUUGACUGCUGACUGUCUCAGUAAAACACUAGUACAGUAUUUGCAGAGGGAAUUGUGUAAAGCAAAUUUUGUAUCAAUGACUUAGGUAAUCAUUAUUAGGUUGUUAACAUGUUUAAUAUCCAUAUAAAAUUGUUAAAUUUU